AUGAACGCCUUGGGGUUGUCAAUAAUUGCCAAACUGGGGUGUAUUUGUAGCAGGGAAACUCUAGAUACGAGUACAGGGAAGACUGAUAUUUGGAGUUUAGGGUGCCUUUUGUACGCCAUGUGCUAUUUUAAGUCCCCCUACGAUAUUGUUUACGAAAGGGGGGACUCGGUGGCACUGGCGGUCCUUUCUGGUACCGUCUCAUUCCCGGAAGGAUCCCCAUAUCCCGAGAACAUUCACAACUUAAUUUUGUUUAUGCUGAAGAUAGAUUAUAACGAACGCCCUUACAUACACGCGGUCAUCGAAAAAUUGGAUGAUGUAAUCAAUCAAGUCGAAAAUAAAGUCUAAAACAAAAGCGGCUUACUAAGUGUAUUGUUGAUAAACAAUCGAAACCAAAAAAAAGGGAUUCCGUUUGUCUCUUUUUUUUGUAACAAACUACGUCAAUUGACACAUUUGUAAGACAUACCACUUAUAAAAUAUUUUAUACCUAAUGUUGUUAAUAUUGUGCGAUGACGAAAAAUAAAUUAUUUUUUAUUUAA